GUGGAGAGGGCGGGCCUGCUGGAACUGGAAGCCGACUCGAAGGAAGCCGCCUGGGGUUGGGCUUGGGCUCGGGCUCCGCGCCGCUCGGUGGAGGAAACUUGUGAUUUGUAGGCGCUGCCUGGUGUGUGACCGGAGGGCGGAGAUUGGAGCAUGGAGCGGGUGUGCAGCGGGCUGCCCGAGCCCGGGAACCGCUUAUGGGAUCACAAUGCUACUUUUCACACAAACAGACCGGAUCUGACCGCGUGUUUCCACAACACUAUCCUGGUUUGGAUUCCGUGUAUUUUUCUCUGGCUGGCCUUCCCACUAUACUUCCUGUAUCUCCGACAGAGCAAACGAGGUUAUAUCAGAGUCACCGUACUCAACAGGGUCAAAACGGUUCUGGGGCUUCUGUUGUGGAUUGUCUGUUGGUUGGAUCUCUUCAAUGCUAUCCACGAGAUGGUGAACCAAAAAGCAUGGGUCCUAGCAUAUUUCAUCAGUCCUCUGCUGCUGGGAGUCACCAUGUUACUUGCAACAUUUCUGAUCCAGUACAAGAGGCUGCGAGGAAUCCAGUCCUCUGGAGUUCUCUUCCUCUUCUGGCUCAUCACACUGGUUGCUGCCAUAUUGACGUUCCGCUCAAAGGUCCUGACAGCGUGGCAUGAGAAAAAUGUGUCCGAUGUCUUCCGAUUCACCACGUUCUGCAUGUACUUUGCCCUCGUUCUGAUUCAGUUCUGUCUCUGCUGCCUCAGUGAGCCUCCUCCAUACUUUUCCAGCAUACCAUCAGAUGUGAACUCGUGCCCAGAAGUAAACGCUGGCUUUCUCUCAAGGCUGACAUUCUGGUGGUUUACUGAUUUGGCAAUAUGCGGUUACAGGCGCUCUCUGGAGGACAAGGAUCUCUGGGCACUGAACCAUGAGGACAAGUCAGAGGUCAUUGUGCCAAAACUGCUGAAAGAAUGGGAGAAAGAGAAGCUGAAGGCACAAAGGAAGCAAGAGGUGUUUGACAAGCAUUCGCUCAUGAUGAACAAUCUGGAGGGUGAGCCCCAGGAAGCUGAAGUUCUCGUUUCCAACAAGGCGCAGCAGAAGAAGCCUUCGUUCCUCUUAGCUCUGUGCAAGACCUUUGCUCCGUACUUCCUUGUGGGAUCAGCACUGAAGUUUUUCCAGGAUCUGCUAUCCUUUGUCAAUCCACAGCUUCUCAACAUGUUGAUUUCAUUCACUGAUGACCCUGAGGCCAGGACUUGGUGGGGAUAUGGCAUCGCUAUUCUGAUGUUCAUCUCCACGGCCCUGCAGACCCUCCUCCUCCACCAGCACUUCCACUACUGCUUUGUGACUGGCAUGCGACUGCGGACAGCCAUCAUUGGAGCCAUAUACCGCAAGUCAUUGAUCAUCACAAAUUCUGCAAAACGAUCGUCGACUGUCGGGGAAAUUGUGAAUCUAAUGUCCGUGGAUGCGCAGAGAUUCAUGGACCUCACUGCUUUCCUGAACAUGCUGUGGUCUGCACCACUCCAGAUUUGCCUGGCUCUCUACUUUCUCUGGCAGUACCUCGGUCCUUCUGUCCUGGCAGGUGUUGCCGUUAUGAUUCUGCUCAUCCCUUUCAACGCCAUGAUAGCCGUAAAGAGCAGGAGCUUUCAGGUCCAACAGAUGCAGUACAAAGACUUGCGGAUCAAGCUGAUGAACGAGAUCCUGAAUGGUAUAAAGGUGCUGAAACUGUACGCCUGGGAGGAGUCCUUUAAGCAAAAGAUCCUGAGCAUUCGAGAGAAGGAGCUGAAUAUUCUGAAGAAAGCAGCCUAUCUCAAUGCCCUCUCCACCUUCACCUGGACAACUGCUCCUUUUGUUGUUGCCAUGACAAGCUUUGCGGUGUAUGUGUACGUGGAUGAGAAAAACGUGUUGGGUGCACGUAAAGCUUUUGUCUCCCUCUCCCUCUUCAAUAUCCUACGGUUUCCACUCAACAUGCUGCCUCAGGUCAUCAGCAGCAUCAUCCAGGCCACCGUUUCACUCAAACGCUUACAGAAUUUCUUGAACCACGAUGAACUGGACCUCACAAGUGUCGAGCGAGUGAAGAUUGCGACAGGGCACUCGAUCACCGUAGAGAAUGGGAAGUUCAGUUGGGGAAAAGAAGACCCAGUUGUUCUCGAGAGGAUCAAUCUGGCUAUUCCUCAAGGCUCUCUGGUGGCAGUGGUCGGCCAGGUAGGGUGUGGCAAGACAUCACUGAUUUCAGCCCUCCUGGGGGAGAUGGAGAAACAGAAUGGCAAAGUGUCAGUCCAGGGAUCUGUGGCCUAUGUACCUCAGCAAGCCUGGAUUCGGAAUGCCUCGCUGAAGGACAACAUCAUUUUUGGAGAGCCCCUCAAUGAACAGAAGUACAGCGAGGUUCUGGAGGCCUGUGCAUUGAUCUCUGACUUGAAUGUGUUACCUGGUGGGGACCAGACAGAGAUUGGUGAAAAGGGGAUAAAUCUCUCAGGGGGUCAGAAGCAACGGGUGAGCCUGGCCCGAGCAGUCUAUAGCGACAUGGACAUCUUUCUCCUGGAUGACCCCCUCUCAGCUGUUGAUGCCCAUGUGGCCAAACAUAUCUUUGACAAAGUCAUUGGCCCAGAAGGAGUGUUGAAGGGGAAGACCCGGGUUCUGGUUACUCAUGGGAUCAACUUCCUGCCACAAGUGGAUCAGAUUGUGGUGCUGGUGGAUGGCAAGGUGUCGGAGAUGGGCUCGUAUCAGGAGCUGCAGGAGCAGAAUGGAGCCUUUGCUGAGUUCCUGCGGAAUUAUGCUCAGCAAGACGAGGUGGAUGAGGGUGAAGCUACAGUGACUGAUGAAGUUGAGGAGUUUCUUGCUGAAGAUUCCCCAAGCAAUCACAUCGACCUUGGUGACCAUGAACCGUCAGCUACCGAGGCACGGAAAAAUUUCAUGAGACAGAUCAGUGUCCUUUCUUCCGACGGAGAAGCAUCGACACGGAAGUCCACAAGAAAGCGACUUAGCCAAAAGACAAAACAGGUGGAGACUCUCCCAGCUGCGGCGUCUGAACCAAGUAAACUGAUCCAGGCUGAGAAGGCAGAGACAGGCAGGGUGAAGCUGGUGGUGUUCUGGCAGUACCUGAAGGCUGUUGGCCCCUGCAGCUCCCUGCUCAUUUGCCUGUUAUACUGCUGCCAGAAUGCCGCGGCGAUCGGUGCCAACUUCUGGCUCAGUGACUGGACCAACGACGCUGACAACAACAAGACGGCCGACACAACCCGACUGCGGGUAGGGGUGUAUGCAGCUCUCGGCCUAACACAGGGCGCGCUGUCCUACGUUACGUCACAUCUGCUAUUUGUAGUGUGCUGUGUCCGUGCCUCUAGCCUCCUGCAUGCUCACCUGCUUAACCACACCCUCCGCUGUCCCAUGCAGUUCUUUGAGCUGACCCCAGCCGGCCGAAUUAUGAACCGCUUCUCACAGGACGUGGACACCAUCGACAACCGGAUCCCGGCCUGUGCGGAGGACUUCCUGCUCUGCUUCUUUGAAGUUCUGUCCACCUUGCUAGUGCUGGCUCACUUCAUCCCACUCAGCAUGCUGCCGUCUAUUCCUGUUGCCUGCCUUUACUUCUCUCUGCAGCGUUUCUAUGUGGCCACCUCGCGGCAGCUGAAACGCCUGGAGUCCGUCAGCCGCUCACCCAUCUACUCCCACUUCUCGGAGACAAUCACUGGCUCCAGCGUGAUCCGAGCUUACGGCCGAGAGAGGAGCUUUACUCUCCUUAAUGACAUUAAAGUGGAUGCCAACCAGAAGAGUUACUACCCGGGCAUUGUGGCUAACAGGUGGCUGGGGGUCCGGAUCGAGUUUAUCGGGAAUUGUGUUGUCCUCUUUGCUGCACUGUUUGCUGUGAUUGGCCGAAACUUCCUCAGUCCCGGCGUUGUGGGUCUCUCAGUGUCCUAUGCUCUGCAGGUGACCAUGUCCUUGAACUGGAUGGUCAGAAUGACCUCAGAUUUGGAGUCCAACAUCGUGGCGGUGGAGAGGGUAAAGGAGUAUUCGGAAACUGCCACAGAGGCACCCUGGGAGAUUGAGGCCAAUCGCCCGGACAAAUCAUGGCCAGAGAUGGGGAAGGUGGAAUUCAAGGGAUACUGUGUCCGAUACAGAGAGGGCCUGGACCUGGUGCUGAAGAAUCUGAACCUGAGCAUCAGUGGCGGAGAAAAGGUUGGCAUCGUUGGGCGAACAGGUGCCGGCAAGUCCUCGAUGACUCUUUGCCUCUUCCGAAUCAUCGAGGCAGCAGAAGGGGAGAUCUGCAUCGACGGGAUAAAGAUCGCCGACAUUGGGCUGCAUGACCUUAGAUCAAGGCUUACCAUCAUUCCCCAGGACCCCGUGCUGUUCUCUGGCAGCCUGAAGAUGAACCUCGAUCCAUUUGAUCAGUACUCUGACGAGGAGGUAUGGAGUGUGUUGGAGCUGUCUCACCUGAAGCAGUAUGUCCAUAACCUGCCGGCUGGACUGGAACACGAGUGUUCCGAAGGAGGCGAGAACCUGAGUGUGGGCCAAAGACAGCUGGUGUGUCUUGCCAGAGCUCUCCUGAGGAAGACACGGAUUUUGAUUCUUGAUGAAGCCACCGCUGCUGUCGACCUGGAGACUGACGACCUGAUUCAGUCCACCAUCAGGACUCAGUUUGAGAACUGCACUGUCCUCACCAUUGCACAUCGCCUCAACACAAUCAUGGAUUACAACAGGGUGUUGGUACUGGACAAAGGGGAGAUCGCAGAGUUUGAUUCGCCCAGCAACCUCAUUGCCCAGAAAGGGAUAUUUUACAGCAUGGCCAAAGAUGCCGGACUGGUGUAACAACACCUAGAAGCCUAAUGUACAAUGAGGCAGAGCCAAGUCAAUGCCUGUACAGAUCAGCUCAAGCUUGCUGUGGAGAGUGCUACCACCGGAGCAUGCAGAAACAAGAUGGGCAUAAUUUUGAACAGCAUUUUUUCUAUUUUUGUACUUUAUGUAUUAUACAUUCAGCAUUUAUGUUGAAGUAAUUUUGAAUUCUUUUGUAACUACUGCUGUGAACAGUGGCAGCUACAAUAUAAUCCAUUAAGGUAGCCAGUAGUUUAAAUAAAAUGAUUUGUUAGCUAAACUGAGCUGAAACUUGCUUUAAUCAAUCAGCUGCAUAAGCCAGCAGCAGUAAUGUAGUGGGGGGGGGGGGGGUGUCUGUGUGGAAUAGAUGGCAUGAAUGCCAGGGCACAAAGAACAGGGAGACCUUGGGCAUUCAACUUUAGUUCCUAAAAAUGAAAUGAAUGGAUGUAUGGUGGGGAACAGAAUACAUGUUGCAAAUUAACAAAACACUGCAUGUGGAGUUCCAGUCACCCCACCCACUACAGAAAGGCCAGGUGUGACUGCCGUUUAUUAGCAUUCAAUUCACAUCACCGUCUAAGUAGUUUCUACGUUCUCCUGUGACUGUGUGGGUUUCCUCUAGGUGCUCCAGUUUCCUCCCACACUCCAAAGAUGUACAGUUCGGGUUAGUGAGGUGUGGGCAUGCCAUGUUGGUGCCAGAAGUCUGACACCUGCAAGUAGCCCAGCACAUCUUCACAGUGUUAGUCACUGUUGCAAAAGACAUUUCACAGUAUAUUUCAAUGCACAUUUGACAAAUUAAUCUUUAUCCUUUAGUUAUGGAGCACAACUGGAUCGACACAUAGUUUCCCCUGGAGCAGACGGAACUUUUCCCUGUCAUGGUAAGGCAUCAAAAAGGAGGAACUGGUUCAAGAUAAGGAAGAAGCUUUAAUCUGAGAGCAGUAAGAUAGGUACAAUAAGAUAGUUGGACCAAUAAAUGCUCACAAUAUGGGACUAGCUGAAGUGAGAAUCUUGGAGAGUAUGGACCAGCUGGCCGAAGGACCUAUUUCCAUGUAUAACCUAAGUGCUUGCUGACAAACCCAACAAUUAAAUACCAGCUCCAGGAAUGUUUACUGAAAAAAAUUUAUUCAUAGUUGACACUAAAAUUUGCAAA